AUGGCAAUUGUAAAGAGACUUUAUAUCAAGGCAAACAACAACUACGACUCCGAUUUCCAGAUUGUGCCGGUUAAUACGAACCAGCCCUUGGAAAUCGAUUCAGAUAUAGGAAUAUUCAAACUUUUUGUCAAUAUCAAGAGCUUUGAUGGUGCUAAACAGCACUUGUCAAAUAGUUUACGCAAUGAAGGCGAAGAGACUUUUUUGAAUGGUGAAAAAAUUGAUUUUACGCAUCCCAAUGGCAAGACAGAAGAUCCAAUCCCCAAUUUGAGGAUUAGCGUUGAGUUUACUCCAAAAGAAGAUAUACCUGGCGGUGACUUGAUUUUUGGUAAUGAUUUCACCUACUCAAUUAAAGAUUAUGUACCAACUACAUUACUAAAUACUGGUCUCAAAUUAUUCAAUUGGUUUGUUAACGAUACCGUUAAAGGAGACGUUUACAACGAAAAACCUUAUCUUUACGGCUUGGCCUUGAAUAGUUUCAGCUACAUUGGUAUCGGUAAGUUGAACCCUCCUGGAAUUGUCAAUAAUAAAUCACAUCCUAUGAAUUACAAGGAGAAUUUGAAUCAAGAGCUAAAAGACGUGCCAGAAGAUUCCAAUGGUAGAAAGAAAUUUUUCAACACCAAGGAAAAAUGUGACAAAUUCACAUUUCAAAAGGGUAAAGAAUAUGAUUUCAGGUUCGAUACUGAUUUCCUCAAACUUGCCGACUCCAAAUAUUUAGUAUCCAUACCUAAAUUUGAUCUUGAUGUUAGUCGCUAUGCUAACGAUACAUUGAAUAAUGUCAACUGGGUGAUCAAGCAGAAAGGGUAUGAUGGAGUCGGCGAAGGGAAAUUGGGCUUAAUUAUCAACUUUGCUUUGAGCACGGAAGAUGAUAAAGAUUAG